CGGGUGCUUUUCAUCCAAUUUGUUGUUGUGUCAGCGUGUAGCGCGGCUGUGUUUUGGAGCUUAUAAGUAUGUGUAUCUCUGCAAGGUUGAUUGUGUGUCUGUGCUUGUGCUCGUGUGUUAAACCCAAAUUGAAUUAUUGCCAAAAAAUGCAAAUUGCAAGCAUAAAUUAGUUAAUUGAAUUAUUUUUGUAAAUAACACUUGCCGAAUUCUUAUCAAAUUCCAAUAGCUAGCUGCAAAAAAAAAUAACAACAAAAGUGACCGAAAUAACAGCAGAGAAGAAAAAGAAGAAGAGGAACCAAUAGAAGAGACACAUACGUCAAUGCCGUUAUAAUUUUGUAUACGCAAAUAAAGAUAUCAGCUUUUCUUUUGUUUACACUCAACAGUGCCGGGAGUAAGAAUGUAGGUGUGUGCGUGCGUGUGUCUGUGUGUACAAAAGUGCCUGCUGUUCUCGUUGUUGUUGCUGUUCUUGCUCCGCAUCCUGUUUUUAAUUCUCAUCAAAUGCGGCAAAUAAAUAAUGUCAGUUUUUAAGUCAUCGGUUGUUUGCUGCUCCUGCUUGAUAAGCUGCUGCUACUACUGCUGACACGGGAAGUGGAGGUUGCAAGUUGUGGAAGUGAUGUCACCCCAUUUGCCUGCUGCACGAGACGAUAAUAACAACAAAUUUUACUAUUACCGCUGCCACACAACAAAAACAAAAACAACAACUACAAAUAACGACAACGUUAUUGCAAUUGCUCUGGAUUCCUAAGAUUUCGAGACGUAGGAAAAUGCCUUGGCUGCUUUCCCAUUUAAAUUUACAGUUGCAGCAACAACGGCUGCCGUUGCAGUUGCCGUUUGCCCUGUUGUUGCUAUUGCUCAACAUAUGCUUGCAACAAGACAUCGUUCUCGUCACAGCUGACAACGCGGAGUCAAAAGCACACAUUGGUGACUAUUUUCCUGCCCUUAAUGAGUUUUCAACUCACACUGUGAUACGCCCCCAAGUGCAACAUGGACGCACUAAGCGCAGCCUGCAAGGCACUCUGGAUGCAACGGAUGGUCUGCAUGCGCCGAGCUUAUCACUGAGCUACACGCACCAAGGACAACGCAUCCAAAUCGAACUGCAGCGCAACGAUCGCCUCCUCCCCGAAGCCCACUUCCUGCGCUAUCAGAAUGCCAGCAACCAGCUGGAAGGCGACUCCGGCUAUGUGGUGCGCAAUUUUACCAAGACUGACGUUGAUUUAUGCCAUUAUCAGGGACACAUACGCGGACGGCCAGAUUCAAGAGUGGCACUAGCCACCUGCGAUGGCGCACUGAAUGGGGUUGUCUUCGAUGGCCAGGACACGUAUUUCAUUCACCCACACAGCAAUGGCAGCGGACGGCUGCAGGAUGACCAUUAUCUGCUCAGACACGCGGACAUCUUGCAGCAGAAUGCCACCUGUGGCUACGAUAGCCAUACUGACAACCACAGUCCACACGAGCAGAGCGGGAUGGAACAUAAGCAGGAGCAGGAGCAGGAGUCAGAGCAAGAACCAGAGCAGGAGCUGAAGCAGCUAAAGCUGCCACAUCGCUUGGAUGGCGGCGAAAUCAAACGCAUGCUGAGACGCCAGCGACGCCACACGGAUGAGAGUCAACUGAUACGUGGUCCAUACAAUGCCGACAAGUAUUCCAGCUAUGUGGAGCUGGUGAUUGUCGUGGACAACAAGGUGUACAAGCAUUUCGGUGAGAAUACCAAGCGAGUGCAUCAGCAUUGCAAGGAUCUGGCCAACAUUAUCAACGCCCUCUAUGUGCCGCUGAACAUCUUUGUGGCUCUUGUGGGAGUGGUCAUCUGGAAUGAAUCAAAUGAGAUUGAGUUCUCCAGUGAUGGCGAUGUUACCCUUCGCAACUUCCUUAAUUAUCGCAGCACCAAGCUGGUGGUGGAGCAUCCGAACGACAAUGCACAGCUGCUGACCAAAGAGACAUUUGCAGGUGGAGUGGUGGGCAAGGCCCUAAAGGGACCCAUCUGCACGUAUGAGUUUUCUGGCGGAGUUAGCAUGCAGCACAGUCAGGUGUUGGCCGUGGUCGCCACCACAAUGGCUCACGAGAUGGGACACAAUUUUGGCAUGGAGCACGACUCGAGCGAUUGUCAUUGUCCGGACGAGAAAUGCGUGAUGGCCGCCUCGAGUACGGCUGUGGUGCCGGUGCACUGGAGCAGCUGCAGCAUCGAUCAGCUGACCAUUGCCUUCUCCCGUGGCAUGAACUAUUGCCUAAGAAAUAAACCCACCAAGCUAUUCGAAUCGCCGCAGUGCGGCAAUGGAUUCGUAGAGCCCGGCGAGCAGUGCGACUGUGGUUUGCCCACCCACUGUGAGAAUAGCUGCUGCAAUGCCCACACCUGCAUGCUACACAGCAAUGCCUCCUGUGCCACGGGCGAGUGCUGUGAUCUCGACACAUGCAGACCCAAGCUGCCGGGCAGCGCUUGCCGACCCUCGGAGAACGAAUGCGAUCUGCCCGAGUACUGCACCGGCGAGUCGGAAUACUGCCCGGCAGAUGUGUUUCGUCGUGACACGGAGCCAUGCGAUAAUAAUCAGGCGUACUGCUUCCAGGGCACUUGUCGGUCGCAUGCCAAUCAGUGCCGCAUUCUGUGGGGACCGACAGGCGACAACUCGGUGCACUGCUACGAGAAGAAUGUGGAGGGUUCCCGGCUGGGCAACUGUGGCUACAAUCGACACAAUAAAACCUUUGUGAAGUGCUCGCGGGAGCAUGUUCAUUGUGGAAUGCUGCACUGCAUCCAUUUGAAUGAACGUUUGGAGUUUGGCAUGGAAUCGGCCGCUGUAUUAUCCCAUUCCUAUGUCAAUCACAAUCGAAAAAUUGUUGCUUGUCGCACGGCAUUGGUUGAUCUUGGUCUGCAGACCAUUGAUCCUGGACUGACGCCCAAUGGCGCCAAGUGUGGCGAACACAGCAUGUGCGUCAAUCAGCAGUGCCUGUCUGUGGCGAGUGUGCGCCAACAGGGCAUGGGUGCCACCUGUCCCGACGACUGCAACGAUAACGGUGUCUGCAACAGUCGGGGGCAUUGCCACUGCGAUGUAGGAUUCGGUGGCGAGUCAUGCAGCAAGCCCGGACACGGUGGCUCCGUGGACAGUGGACCAGCCACAGAUCCAAGCAGCAAUCUGAGCAUCUCGCGUUUCCUGUACAUUCUGUUCUUCCUUGUGUUGCCCCUGUUGUUCAUCGGCUGGUUGGUUUAUCGCUUCGUGUUGCGGGACAACAAGCUCUUCGCCGGUGGAAAACUCGCUGAGAAUAUCAUGAAAACCGCUAACGCCAUUAAACAGCCAACUUCGCGCAGUAAUCAAAAUGGAGGCGGUCCACCAGGUGGUGCAGGUGGCCCAAAUGCACUGCCCAAAUCGACUCCCAGCAGUACGGACGACAUGAACUCGGCACUGCUAAAGUCACCGAGCGAUUCGAGCGACGCCGCCGGUGGAGCUGCCAAUGCGCCGAGCAUGUUUGGUAAAUUCAAAGGAUUCACGCUGCGUCCACUGAACAAUGCCAGCUCGCCGGCGAGCAACUACAGCGGACCCAAUGUGGCCUUUGUGCAGCCGACGGUUCAGCUGGAGAGCAAUGGAGUGCCACAGCGAUCGGCUCCGCCACCGCCAGUGGUCAAAACGCCCGAGCAGACGGCAGCAACGAAAACAAAAACAAGCAAUACAUUGCCACGUGCGGCACCAGCAUUGCCACCACCGAAUCCCGGCUGCACGGCACGUCCGAUCAUAUCCAAACCGACACUCGACUCCAGUACGCUGACCAUGGUGCCACUGAAGGGCAGCACUGGAGAUCUAUCGCCGACACGCUCAGCACCGGCGCCGCCGGUGCCGCUGCAUGCGGAUCCCAAGCUGAAUAUGAAGCGAGAUGGAACCAUCCGCCGCUUUGCCUCAUUCCUCAAGAAGGAGGACAAGACACCGCUGAAGGAGAAGACGUACAUUGAUCGCGAGAGAUUGCGUACGCUGGAAAUAUCGGCACCGAUGCCAGUGCCAAUGCCGCCACAGGCCGAGUCCUCCAACUCGGACUCGGAGACGACACCGCGCGAGGAGGAAACCAAGAAUCUGGUAAAGCGCACACAGUCCAUGCGUUCGCCCACCAGAAAGACGCAGCCGCAAACAUUUGGCUCCAUGCGCUCACCGCCCGGAGCAGCGCGUCCCAAAAGCAUAGUGACGAACUCAACCACCACCAAUGCCGCUGGUGGCACCCGACCCAAAUCACCACCACCACGUCCACCGCCCGUGAUCAAGAAGACGCUGUCGACAACCUCAUCUGGUUAUCAGCUACCAGUGGCCACCGCUCAGACGACCGUCGAGAAUAAUUACGAUGAUUGUGAGUUCAUCGAGAAGCCAUUGCGUGCAUCCAGCGAUGCCAUCUACUCGGUCAUUGAGGAGAUACCGCCGGCGGCACAGACGCUUAAGCGUAGCGAUCUCGUUGCCACCACCAGCAGCAGCACUAGCAGCGAUAUGGGCUUGCUGGGCGAGAUUGUCAAUGAGUUUGAGAAACUCAAUGGCGGUGAUUCUCUUUACUCGGGCAAACCCACAACACCAGAAGCAGCAUCAGCAGCAGCACCACCACCACCAGAGGUGGUGGUUGAGGAGCAGACUGCAACGCCCCGAAGUCCACAGCGUCCGGCUCCACCGAAGCCGGCAGGCAGCAAUCGAAAUAGCAGCACGGAGGACAAACCGCCGGCAGUGACGCCCACUUAUAUGCGUGCCACGACCCUAAAUGCUCCUGUUGCACGUGUGGCACCCACACGCUCCGACAUUUCGCCAUCGCGCGCCUUCUCCAGCUUUAAGCCAGCGCCAGCAACCAGCUCCUCCAGCAACAACAGCAGCAGCACCACCACCACCACUACUAUCAAGGCAGCACCGACUCCCGCUCCAGCUGCCCAGACGACGCGCAUUGGUGGCGCCGCGCGUCCCAAGUCCUUUACGCGGACUUCGAAAACACUGCCCAAUGGCGUGGCAGCCACGCCCUCGGCCACCAUACAGAAACCCAAGCCAUUGUCGGCGAAGCCAUCGUUUAGUGGCGGACUCGCGAAGCGUGCCCCGGGAGCAGCUGCAUCCGCAACUGUGGCAACCGCGCCCACGCCGCCCACCGUGAAGGCGUCGUCGAAUAUUGCGUCGCUGACGUCACGUUUUGAGCAGCGAAAGUAGACAACAUAUGACUUUCUAUAUAUUAAGUUAGGUUAGGUACGAAAUAAUUUAAUUUUGGCACAUGUCGUUGAUAUUCAUUCCCCCGCCCCUUCUAGUUAGCUCUAUAAGGCGUUGCUUAAUUUAUGUGCUUUUAAGUAUCUCAAUGACUAAUUUUAAGGCUCAGUGUACGAAAUUUUAUUGAUAUCUCUAGUAAUAUAUUACCCAUU